AUGGUCAAGACAACAGGAACCACAGUCUGGAGUCCUCCACGAGCAAGAAAGUGCAUCGCCUCGUCUGGAUUGGCUUCUGCUGCGCUGCCAGUCUCCCAGAGCCUCAGUCACCACUGCAGUCCCCCUGGGAGAGAAGAUAGGGAGGAAGGAAAACAAGAGCAAGAAGAGGAAAAGAAUAUAGGGAACUGGAUAAAGAAUAGGACAUACCUAUUGACAGAAAAGCAACUGGGGGAAAGAGUUCUGCAGUUAUUUGAAGAAAAAUGUGAAGUUCUUGAAAAAAUAUCAGAAUUGAAACAGAAGAUUAAGGAAAGUGAACAGCAGUUAGUGGAGUCCGAGAAAACAAAAUCCUCUUCUGCCCAUGAAAAUGAAAAACUUCAGGAAGCAUUUGAAGCUUUACAACAAAAUAAUGAAAACCUGAUGGAAAAGCUCAGGACACUGCAGUCUGCUGUAGAAGAAGAAAGGAGAAAGAACCUGCAUCAAGAAGAAAGAUUGUCUGACACUCAAAAGUCAUUCAAGAAGCUUCAGAGUUUAAUUAAUUCUAAGAGUGCUGAACUGUCAAAGGUACAAACUUGUUUGGAAGAGGCCAGACUAAAAGAAGCAGCAGUAAAAGCUGAACUGCAAUCUGUGUUGAAAGAAAACAACACUUUAAAAGACAGUAACAAAAAUCUAUUGAAAGAGGCCAGAAGCUGGGAAGAGCAAUACAGAGAACUUUCUGAGCAAAUGAAAACACUCCAGAAGAGUCAGAAAGAUUCAGAAGACACUAUUGCACGUUUUGUCUGA